AUGGCAACAGAAGAGCUCGUCUUCGAAGGGUGCAAUUUCUUCCGUCAAAGACUUGCAUAUUCUGUGUUGAGCGGACGACCCGUUACUAUAAGAAAUAUCAGGAGUGAUGAUGAUGCUCCUGGAAUCAAAGAUUUCGAAGCGAAACUCAUCGCUCUGCUGGAGAAAAUCACCAACGGCACAAAAGUCGAAAUUAGUAGAACAGGUACUGAAGUGCGCUUCCGUCCGGGUAUCAUUACGGGAGGAGUAUUUACAAUGGAUUGUGGGUCUGAACGUUGCCUAUCCUAUUUCUUAGAACCUAUCAUAAUCAUAUCUCCAUUUUGUAAACAUGCAAUGACGGUAAAGCUAAAAGGAGUCACAAACGCUCCAGGAGAAUUAUCCGUGGAUGCAAUCAGGGCGACUUGGCUUCCUGUUUACAAUAAAUUCGUGCUCAACGAUGAGAAAUUGGAGUUAAAGAUAAGUGCUCGCGGUCUGAAGCCUGGUGGUGGUGGAUGUAUCACUUUUUCAGCACCCAUCGUCAAAACUUUGCGACCGGUGCAGAGAGAAAAGCAAGGCAAAAUAUGCAAAAUUCGUGGGCAGGCAUAUGUCACAAAAGUAACUCCUUCACUAGCUUAUCGAAUGAUCGAUUCUGCGAAGAAAAUGCUGCAUGGUUAUAUUGCAGAUGUAUACAUAACUGUUGAUCAGAGGAAAGGAGACGCCGGCGGAAAGUCAGUUUCUCAUUCGCGUUUAUUA